GAGCUUGACAGUUUGAAGCUACUUGUAGUUGUUCUUUAUUAUUGGUGUGCACAUGUGCAGUGAACCUUUAGGGUAGGUAGUUUGUACAGUGUGUGUGUGUGUGUGUGUGUGUGUGUGUGUGUGUGUGUGUGUGUGUGUGUGUGUGUGUGUGUGUGUGUGUGUGUAUGUGUGUGCGCAUGUGUGUGUGUGUGUGUGUGUGUAUUUGUGUGUUUGGGUUAUGAUGUAUUUGCUCUACUGAUAAAUUUUCAAGUUAUGGCAGUUUUCUUGUCUUGAAGGCAGUUGCAAGUGAUCCUGGAUACUGUAAAGAAGCGCGCGCGCGCGCGCGUGUGUGUGUGUGUGUGUGUGUGUGCACUGAAGCUUGCGCCAUAGAUUCUUUCACAUUGAAAUUGUAGUUGGUUUUAUUAAUUAGGUGUCAUGUACAUUGUGGAUGCUACUUUUAGAAAAAUUGUGGUUUUCUUACUGUAUUACCUCGCUUAGAAGAGCAUGCUCUUAUAGCGCAAGGUUGAGCAGACUGCCCUUAUACCUCGAGGUAUAAGGGCAUGCCCUUUCAGGCGAGGGAAGAAGCUGUUGUGGUAUCCUGGUAACAAGCAUGCACACAAAGCAAAUACUGAUUCACGUCUACUACCUAAAAAAGCUAAGCAAGCAUGCAACCGUUCUAUGCACAUAUUAUCUAAUGACUGUCUUCAUAUUAUAAAGCAUCUUCAUCCUAAUUUUCAUCCCUGCCUUCAUCACUGUGUUCUUCCUCACUGCCAUCUUUCUCAUCUUUCGUCCUCACUGUCAUCUCAUUCGUCCCUUUGCUUGACCCAUCGCUGAAGAUUACUUCGCGGUACGCCGCUGUCUCUUGCUGCUCUUGAUAGGUUCCCUCCGUACUCAUUUUACUUUUCUAUCGCAGAAAGCUUCCUUUUCACCUUAUACGAAAUUCUAGCCUUUCUCUCUGUGCUUUCAGUUUCUGUUUCAGCAACCUCCAACUCCUCCGCAAACUUUUCCGAUGCCAUCUGGUAAAUUGCUAAACUGUGCAUGCGCUGACGUUUUGAGGUCCGGGUGUUUGAGGCUACCUUACUUACACGGGCAUGCCCUUACAGUUGCAGAGUGUCGUGAACACAAUUUCUGCUCAACCUCACCUAUAAGAGCAUGCCCUUCUAAGCUAGGUAAUACGGUAUGUGUUGCAUGUGAUGUGUUUGUCUCAUAGGAAGGUAAGGUGAAAAGACAAAGACAACAGAUUGAUUGUCUUCCCCCAAGACAUGUUGACAGUAAGAUUACAGAAACGACUCCCUAGGGACAUGAAUCACUAUGAAAGUGCAGACUAGCGUUGAGUUCCUAGCUGUAGUAAAAACUCAUUUAAUUAGUCGUCUUGGUGUGAUCACGUUCUGUUUUAUGUCUUUUGUAAAUAGAAAAAGAUAACUGUAGCGGAAUUUCGCUGAAAUGAGUAAAGACUGUUGACUUAACAUCUGGUCUCGCCAUGCCAUGCUGUCUGCUUUAGAACAGUAGAGUCAAAAACAACUGUGAUGCGGUCAAUAAUAGUGCACAAUUAUGACAGACGGUGCGGAUUCUUUGGUGGUCGUUGCCGGAUCCCUAUUGGCUGAAUCAAGGCUAAAGUGUAAUGCGCUACUUAGCGGGGGAGGGACUAGUAAUGUGGGCAUUUCCUCAUAUCCCGUGCAGCAACCUUCUGAGAACUUACUCGAAGGUGACAAGUGUGCGUGUGCUCUUGAACUUGGCGGCUAUUCGCCAGAUUUUGUGAAGAGGCGGUACGGUAUCUGCUUGCUGUGAAAAGAUGCACUCAUGCAUAGUGAUCUUCAUUAGUUGCAUUUUGCAGCCUGCGAGAAGUGAAGUGAUAGAUCUUCUCGCAGCCGUUGGCGUAAAUCGCUCAUCGGUCAAACUGCCUGGAGGCAUAAGUCGGUCGAUCUCCACAGAUGAUGUUGUGACGUACAAAUUCAAGUCUCCGAGUCUCUUUCGUCCGGCUGCGGAAGUGUUUCCUAAUGGUGUACCCAUGGCUUUCAGUGUAAUUGCCGAGUUUAAGUUACCAAGGAGUGGCGUUGUAGUUGGUGAGAACGUGGGUGAGGAAUAUCUUUUCAGUAUGAACAACGCAAACGACUACGGGAUCGUCCUUGGGCUGUCUGUACAAGAAAACCAAGCAAUGUUGACUUAUACAGACCCUAGGGGAAAGCCAGGAAUGGUUGACAAACGGGUGCUGAGGGGAAUCAUAACUCCUGGCGUUUGGACGACGAUCAUGAUAGUAGUGGUAGAGAAUACUAUCUCUUUACACACCAAUUGCGAGACAGAGCCAACUGAUACUCAAGAAUUGGGACGGACAAUGCCUCCGCUUCGCCUUCACAGAACAGGGAAUGUUUACGUCGGACGUAAACUACCAAACAAGAAGAAGCAAGUGGGAACAAGCGUAGAUCCUUUGCUGUUUAGGGGUGGCAUGCGGAGGCUUAAAAUGUUCUCCGAUUUCAAUUCAGCUCUCUCAGGAUGCUCCCACAUUGUGGGAAAGGAACAGAACAAAACUGUGUCUGAGGUUACAUUGCCAGGAGUGAGACUGGUUCCUGGACCUCUUGAUGCACAACUGCGUCUUACUAUUCCAGAUGGCUUUCUAAAUAAUGGACGAAUUGAGCGUAUUCCAUGGGAAUAUGUCAUUUCCUUUGGACAGACUGGAACAUAUACAUUUGUGAAGGGUCGAGUGCAUCUACAUGCCAAUCAACUAGUAUCAGCAGCAGCAACAGGAAUCUCCAGAACCCGAUUGAAUGUUAGAGUAUCUAGGUGGUUGAACAAGGCCAAUAAACAGUUGCAAAAGUUAUUUGAACUUCCUGGAGAAAUAGUCUUUGAACCGACCACUGAUCCAAGUGAAGAUUAUGCAGUUGCACUACAAGGACCUAUUCCUAUGACAGCUGCAUAUUAUGAUGAUAAAGGGACUAUUGAAGGUGUUCUUAUUAUAAAUGUUUCUGCAAAGUCGGGACCUUAUGGGAUUGCAAGAAAUGGCUCUUUCUUUUUUGACAACAGAAGAAUCAUCAACGCUCGAGUAGAUUAUCGGCACAAGAAGCCUUACACAUUUGAACAGUUGAGGGAGUUUGAGUAUGAUCCUGACUAUCUUCAAUCAAAAUUGAAUCAACUAGAUAUUGUGAAAGCAUUUGCCAAGGGAGAAAAAGGAGAGAAGGGCAGUCGUGGUGUCAUGGGUCGACAUGGCUUACCUGGUAUGCAAGGGCCUUCUGGACCCUCAGGGUCUACUGGCAUUCCUGGAAGUAAGGGAGUUCCUGGACUUCCAGGCCCACCAGGAACUACUGGAUUAAAAGGUUUGCCAGGGAGAACGGGAUUAAAAGGAUUACCUGGACCAAGAGGACUUAAAGGUGACCCCGGUGAACCAGGAAAAGAUGGGGAGAAAGGAGAGAAUGGAUUGCCAGGUCCACGGGGAAACGAUGGUUCUCAUGGAACGAUUGGAGCACCUGGUGAAAGAGGGUUACCCGGACCACCCGGUGAUCCUGGAACAGCUGGAUUACCUGGUUCUAGAGGCCCACAAGGACUAAAUGGAACUGGACCACCUGGAUCUCCAGGAUUGCCAGGAAUUAAUGGGCAGCCAGGGCAGAGAGGAGAUGCAGGUCCUGUUGGAGCAUCUGGAUUACCUGGUGAAACAGGACAGAAGGGAAAUCAAGGUGAGAAAGGUGAACACGGAGAGAGAGGUGAGCGGGGUGAGGAUGGAUUACCUGGACAUAAAGGAUCCACUGGAGAAAAUGGGUUACCAGGUCAAUCUGGAAAGAAAGGGGAGCCUGGAGAGAAUGGACGGCCGGGUACAGAUGGUCUUCGUGGAUCAGAUGGACUCAAGGGAGACAAAGGUGAGCAAGGCUUACAAGGUGCACGGGGUUUGCCAGGAGCACCUGGUAUACUUGGUUUAAAUGCAUCCUUGGGGCUGAAGGGAAGGAAAGGUGAAAAAGGCAUUAAGGGAGUAAAUGGAGACGAAGGGUCUAAAGGUGAAGCAGGUGACAAAGGAGAAACUGGUGGUGCUGGCAGAAGUGGACAACCUGGUGAAAAGGGUGAGUCUGGUGUGCAAGGAAUGAAAGGAGAACAAGGACAGAUGGGAAUGAAAGGGCGUAAAGGUGAACGAGGAUCGUCAGGGAGAGAUGGCUUUCCUGGGGUCCGAGGGAGCCCCGGAGAACGUGGAGCUAAUGGAUUUAAUGGAUCAGUAGGUCUUAAGGGCACAAGAGGUGAAGCUGGAGAACGAGGUGAGAAAGGCGAUGUUGGCCCAGAAGGCAAGAAAGGAGAAAUGGGACUACCAGGGUCACCAGGUAUUGCCAUUGGCAAGAAAGGUGAGAAAGGAGAAGAGGGUAGUGCUGGAGACACAGGGCGUCCUGGUAAAGAUGGUCGUGAUGGAAGAAAUGGUACAGACGGGAAGAUGGGAGGGGUAGGGAAGCAUGGCAAAAAGGGGCAGAAGGGAGACGCUGGUGCAGUCGGACAAACUGGACGAGAUGGACAACAAGGAAUUGUUGGAGAAGAUGGUAAAGAUGGCAGUAAAGGUGAGAGAGGAGAGCAAGGAUUAAAAGGGGAGAGAGGAGAACAAGGAGUACCUGGUCCACCUGGUGUGUCAACUGUUGUUGAGGCGUCAGGAGAUUUGGAGAAAGGGGAUAAAGGGGAACCAGGACUUCCUGGAGCAACAGGAUUAGAUGGAUUGGCUGGAUUACCGGGAACUAUGGGUAUCAAAGGUGAAAAGGGGAACAAAGGGUCAGUUGGAAGGAAUGGUGACAAAGGAGAAGGUGGCGAUCGAGGGAAAGAUGGAAUUCAGGGACCAAAAGGAGAGAGAGGCAGGCCUGGGGUAGAUGGACGAGCGGGCUUGGAUGGAGCUCCAGGCAUUGGAAUUCGUGGGAACCCUGGCUUACCUGGGGAGCCAGGAAAACAGGGAAGCAGUGGGUUGCCUGGAGAGAAGGGAAGUAAAGGUGAGGCAGGAUUGAUCGGUGCAAAAGGUGAAUCUGGCAUUGUCGGGCCACAGGGUGUUUCUGGUCUGCAUGGAGCUAAAGGUCCACGAGGUCUGCAAGGUCUUCCUGGUCGUCAAGGUCCUCCUGGUGAAGGUUUACCUGGAGUAAAGGGACAGAAAGGGGAAGGUGGACCAGUAGGUCCGAACGGCGGCAGAGGCCUUCGUGGACCAGUUGGACCUAUAGGCAGAAAAGGAAGCACUGGAAAUAAAGGCCAGAAAGGAGAAUUAGGGCCACCAGGACAGCCAGCAGUGUUUAACAUGUUUGACAAGCUGAUUGACAUAGAGACCAUCUCUAGUCCUUCCGAAGGUUCUGUUGCUUAUGCUUUAGAAAGCCAUGGCUUUUAUUAUCGCCGUAAUGGAGAGUGGCAUCGACUUCUUGUGGAGAACCCUCCAUGUGGAGAUGGUUAUGUAGAUGAGUCUACUGAAGAGUGUGAUGAUGGCAAUGCUUUUCAUGGUGAUUCUUGUGUUGCUUGUAAGAGAGCUACUUGUGGCGAUAACAACGUUUGGAUAGGUGUGGAGGAAUGUGAUGGUGAUGAAUUGCUUAACAGAAGUUGUGAAGUUGUUUAUGGCCCUGGAGCACAAGGGAAGCUAGCCUGUACUAACAAUUGUCGUCUUGAUCUAUCUGGCUGUCGUGCAGUAGGAAGACAAGAUAAGGUUUACGUGGCAUCUUUGGAUAACUUGUAUAGUGGCAAUUUGGGUGGCAUAGCAGGAGCAGACAACAUGUGUCGAGAGGCUGCAAAGAGAGCUGGUAGGAAAGAGGUCUACAGGGCACUACUAGCUUCAUCGAUACAGCCAUUUUGGUGGAUUUUGGCAUCUCAUGAUUAUGGUGCCCAGAUAGUAAAUAUAAAGGAUGAGCUUUUGUUUCCUUCUUGGGAUAAUUUUGUGGAUGGACGUGGGGCCAGAUUUUCACAAAAUCUUCAAGUCUACACGUUCAGUGGUCAUCCUCUAUCAGAAGACUACUCUGGCAUUGGCAGCUAUCUCUGGCAUGGCUCAUCAAAAGAUGGCAGAUCAACAGACCUUAAUUGUAAAGACUGGUUCUCAUCUGAGCGUUCAGAUAAAGGCAGAGCUUCAAAAGCAGCAGAGUACAAACUACUACAGCAAUGGAAGCGGCCUUGCUCAAAUUCAUAUAACGUGCUGUGCAUAUCAGUGCAUUCAGGCGAUAGCUAAAAGGAAGUAGCAAGGCAGUUCUUAGAAGGACUGAUGAUUUGAUGUACCUUGUAUUCAUAUUUACACUACACUUUUUGAGUAUAAAUUUGUUGCUGUCGAUAUGCCUAUGGUUAGCUAAUGUUAAUAGACAAAUAUUAACGUUGUUACAACCUGUAUCCUUAGAAUUUUACUUAUUGGAAAGCAUACAGUACCAAUACCACUACAAUACUGAA